CUACAAAGUUGAUCCCAUUAUAAAUAUUUGCAGAUUUCUUUUAGGGUAUGAGUGGUUUAAAAAUACAUGGGACAGCAUGUGGUUGCCCCAGUUGGACUCAUCUGAGCUACAUUCUCUAGGAUUGUUAUUUCCAGUGGCAUCUCUGUUUCUUUUCAUGUUUGGAACUGGAGUAGCAUACUGGAGUGGGGCAUUUUUUAAAUCCAUAAUUGGAAUAUUGGCAGCAAUAUGGAGAACGAUUAAAAGAAAUACGAUUUCAAACGAAAACAGCAAUUUUAAAAAGGCAAUUUUCGUGGAGACAUUAUUAUUCUCUCUUGUUUGUUGGGGAACUUGUGGUGCCUUGAGC